AUGUGCUGGCGACAAGUGUCAAAAUUGCAAAAGACUGUUCUCAUAGUGUUGUCUUAUUUGACUGUCUAUUUGCUAAUAUCUUACGCACUGACGCCGGAAACGCAGAUGAUGUUCAUAAAGGAAGACUUGAGGGUCGGCAAUAAGUUUGUGUAUAUAUUUCUGCUUGCAAGAUUACCGGAGUCACCGGUAUUUAGUGACGCAGACGGCGCCGAAGUGUUUAAGGGAUGCGGCAAUUGUUUUCUCACAAAUAACAGAGGCUUUCUGCCUAUAAAUGAAUAUGACGCAGUUUUGAUUCACGGCGAUAGAAAUCUUUUAGAAGAUGCAUACAUGGAUCCGGCAAAACAUUAUCUAUUGGAAACCAAUAACAAAUGCAUUACUAGUAAAUUUAAAAUAUGCCGCCGGGGACUGAAAAUAACCUCAUUUAGUAGUAAGGAGUGUUACGGCUUGUGCAGUCUCUGCAAAAGCCUUCUAAAAAAGCGCCUUUGA